AUGGCUGAAAUUAUUGCUACUGAGUUGAUUAAAGUCGUUUUUCAGAAACUGGGAGAUGAAGCGUUGAAGCAGAUCGUUCGGGCACAGGGAAUCCGAUCAGAGAUCAAGAACUUGGACAAGACACUGUCAAAAAUCCAAGAUCUCCUAAAUGAUGCUGCUGACAAAGAAACCGCUGAUAAAGAUGUCAAACAAUGGCUCAAUAGUCUCCAACAUUUGGCUUAUGAUAUCGAUGACUUACUUGAUGGUUUGGCAACUGAUGCUAUGCAUCGUGAGCUGAAUGAUCAGGAGUCAGGUUCAAAUACCAGAAAGGUAAUUAGAAAGUUCAUCCCGACAUGUUGUACUGAUUUGAAUAUAAGUAGUAGAUUGCAUCCCAAGUUAGAUAGCAUCACUGCCAAGUUAGAGAUACUAGAAAAGGAAAAGGUUUCUCUAGGUUUGAAUAUCAAGAAAGAUGAAAAGCCAAACAGUGUAACUAGUAGAAAAAACCAGACCUCUUUGCCAGAUUCAUAUAAGAUUGUUGGUAGAGAAGCUGAAAAAAUGGUAUUGCUCCAUAAAUUGUUGGGAGAUGAGAAACCAUGUAAGGAAAAGUUUAGCGUUGUACCUAUAGUUGGUAUGGGUGGGGUUGGUAAGACCACUUUGGCUAGAAGUUUAUAUAACGAUAGACAGGUGCAGGAUCACUUUAAGCUCCGUAUGUGGGUUUGUGUUUCUGAUGAUUUUGAUGUGUUUAAGAUUAGUCAAACCAUCUUUAGAGCAAUGACCAGUGAAAACAAGGAAUUUGAAGAUUUAAAUCAGCUUCAAAUAGCUCUGUCAGAUCAAUUUAAGGAGAAACAAUUUCUACUGGUACUAGAUGAUAUUUGGUGUGAAGAAUACGUCGAUUGGGAGAACCUCGUAAAGCCGUUUGAUGCAGGGGCUCCUGGAAGUAAAAUAAUCAUGACAACCCGGAAGGAAGGAUUGCUCAAACAGAUUGGUUUCGAUCAUCUAGACAAGCUCGAGAGUUUGUCACAUGACGAUGCUAUGUCUUUACUUGCUCGUCAUGCAUUGGAUGUAGAUAACUUUAAUUCGCAUCCUAAACUGAAACCACAUGGUGACGGUAUUGUGAAAAACUGUGGACGUUUGCCUUUGGCUUUAAAAGUAGUUGGAAGGCUAUUGAGGGCCAGAUUAGAUGAAAGAGAUUGGCAGCAAGUGUUAAAUAGCGAGAUAUGGCGUUUAAAAAAUGUUAAUGAUAUUGUUCCAGCCCUUAGGCUAAGUUACCAAGAGCUUUCAGCAUGUUUGAAACAAUUGUUUGCAUAUUGCUCCUUUUUCCCCAAGGACUUUUUGUUUGACAAAAGGGAGCUGGUUUUGUUGUGGGUGGCCGAAGGUUUCAUUAAACAAUCAACUGGAAGCAUGUUAACCGAAGAAUCCUUGGGACAUGAAUACUUUGAAGAGUUGUUAUCGAGGUCAUUUUUUCAGCAUGCACCUAAUGAUGAAUCGUUCUUUGUCAUGCACGACCUCUUGAAUGACUUGGCCAUAUUUGUUGCUGAAGAUUUUUUUCUCAGGUUGAAUGAUCAAAUGGAAAUGAAGCUAGAAACUUUGGCAAAGUACCGCCGUAUGUCAUUUAUUCGUGAGGAAUUUGUCGGUCACCAGAAGUUCGAGGCACUUAAAAGUGCCAAGAGUUUGAGAACUUUUUUGGCGGUGUCUACCGGGGGGAAAGAAAGUUAUGAUAUAUUCUACUUCUCGAAUAAGAUUUUGGUUGACCUACUUCCCGAGUUGCCAAUGUUGAGGGUUCUUUGCUUAAGCGGCUUCCAGAUAAGUGAGGUACCGGAGUGUGUGGGUCGUUUGAAGCAAUUGAGGUAUUUGAACUUGUCGCAAACUAAGAUCAAAGAACUACCAGAAAAUGUGGGGUAUCUCUAUAACUUGCAAUCAUUGAUUGUUUUUGGUUGUGAUAAAUUAUGUAAGUUGCCUAAAAGCUUUUCAAAGCUUAAAAGUUUGCGACAUCUUGACAUUAGGGAUACUCCAUUAUUAAAGCAGAUGCCCUUAGGAAUUGGGAAGUUGAAUAGCCUACAAACACUUAGCAAGAUCAUUAUUCAAAGAGAUGAUGGUUUUACAAUAAUUGAGCUCAAAGAGUUAAAGAAUCUCGAGGGUAAGAUUUGCAUUGAGGGGUUAAAUAAAGUGCAAGAUGCAAGACAUGCACGGGAUGCAAGCUUAUCGACAAAAAGACUAACUGAGGUAGAGCUGGUAUGGAAUGAUGUAUCUAAUGAUUCUCCAAAUGAAGCACUUGAAUUUGAGGUCCUUAGUGUACUUAAGCCUUCUAGUGACGUUUUAAAGAAAUUCAAAAUCAUGUCAUACUCGGGAACAAAGUUUCCGAACUGGGUUGGUGAUUCCUCGUUUCAUGUGUUGGUCCAUGUUUCGAUAGGUGAUUGUAGAAAUUGUAAGUCAUUACCAGCACUUGGGAGGCUACAAUCACUUAAGGAGUUGGUAAUUGAAGGCAUGAAGGAGGUUAAAGUCAUAGGUUCAGAGCUACUUGGGACGGGUGGUGUUGCAUUCCCUUCACUUAAAACUCUAAGGUUUAAAGAUAUGUUGGGCUGGAAGGUAUGGUCGACCUGUAAGGCUGAUGUAGUGUUUCCAUGUCUUCGAGAGCUUUAUAUAUAUGAUUGUCCUGAAUUGGUUGACAUCUCCCUUGAAGAAAUACCUACAUUGAGAUAUCUAGAUAUAAAGGGUGUUGGCGAUGGUGUAUUGAGAAGCACAAUUCGUGUAGCUUUUUUAGUCACUCAGUUGGUAAUACAUAAUAUUGCAGGGCUUAGUGAUGAGGUGUGGAGAGGUGUUAUAAACAAUCUUGGGGCAGUCGAACAAGUAUGGGUCAAUAGUUGUAAUGAAAUAAGAUACAUGUGGGAAUCAGAGGAAGUCGCAAGUAAGGUUCUUGUGAAUUUAAGGCACCUGGAAGUUAAUGGUUGUUCGGAAUUGGUGAGUUUAGGAGAGAAACAGGAGGAUUGCAGGAGAAAUCUGCUAACAUCCCUUAAGAUCUUGGAACUAAAGCAUUGUGAUAAUUUGAAGGAGUGUAGGUGUCCAGGUAGCAUUGAGACAUUAAAGAUUAAACAUUGUAAUGCUAUUAGACACGUCUCUUUCCCAACAGGAGAAAGUGGAAUGGAGAACCUCAAGACACUCACAAUUAAAGAUUGUAAGGAACUAGUUGUAGUGGGAGAAAAGGAUUUGUUGGGUAAGGGAAAAAAUACCAACAACACACAAAUACUUGAACAUGUGAAAAUUCAUAAUUUGCCAAAUCUGAAAUCAAUAAAUGGGUUAUUGAACUUCAUUCACCUCACAUCCCUGGAAAUAUGGAAAUGUGAAAAUAUAGAGUCAUUUUCGGACCUUGUGCUACCAAAUCUCACGUCAUUAACACUGCUGGUAAUUGUGUAUUGUCCAAGUAUGGAUGAUUGUUUUCCAUGUGGACGUUGGCCUCCAAAAUUAACUAUUCUUGUAACAGGGGGGUUGAAGAAGCCCAUAUCAGAAUGGGGCUCUCAGAAUUUUCCAACCUCCCUUGUUAAAUUAGGAUUAUCUGGUGGAGAAAAUGAUAACGAGGUGAGGAGUUUGAGUGAGUUGUCUCCGCUUCGUCUUCUUCCUUCGCAUCUCACAUAUCUUACAUUAUGGGGAUUUAAGAAAUUGGAAACAAUUUCAGUGGGACUCCAACACCUCACCUCCCUCCAACAUCUCCGCAUCGGGGCUUGUCCAAAACUAAAAGAUAUACCCGUGAAGCUAUUGCCUUCACUCUUGAGCUUAAGAAUUCAAGAUUGCCCAAAACUGAAAGAAAACACAAGUAAAAGUGGUAAAGGCUCUUUCAACUAUUGGCGUAAAAUCUCCCACAUCCCCUGCAUCAAGAUAGAUGGUGAAUUGCAAAAUUAGUUAAUAUACCAUAUUUAUUAAGAUAUCGAGCCAUAUGCAAUGGGAAGAAGGAAGU